UGCUUUUCAGAGUACCCUGGCUUGCGAAGCAUUGCCUGGUUAAACUGGAAUUGAAGCAGGACAACGCCAGCCCCUCCUGGUCCAGAAAAGGGCUCUGCCGCGGGACCGGCCCUCGGGAAGCAUGGGAAAGGGCUACAAGGUGGUGGUUUGUGGAAUGGCCUCAGUGGGAAAGACUGCGAUUUUGGAGCAGCUUCUCUAUGGAAAGCACACUGUUGGCUUAGAAGAGGGUGCCACGAUGGAAGAUGUGUAUUUGGCAUCGGUGGAGACAGACCGAGGCGUGAAGGAACAGUUGCGGCUCUAUGACACCAGGGGUCUGCAGGAGGGCGUGGAAUUGCCCAAGCACUAUUUCUCUGUGGCUGAUGGCUUUGUCCUGGUGUACGCCGUGACCAGCCUCGAAGCGUUCCAAAGAGUCGAACUGCUCAAAAAGGAGAUCGACGUCUUCAGGGACAAAAAGGAGGUUGCAGUUAUUGUCUUGGGAAACAAAACUGACCUCCUGGACCAAAGGCAAGUGGAAACAGAAGCAGCACAGCAAUGGGCAAGGGCUGAGAAAGUGAGACUGUGGGAAGUGACUGUGACAGAUCGGAAAACACUGCUUGAACCCUUCACCUUCUUAGCUAGCAAGCUGUCCCAGUCACAGAACAAAUCAACAUUUCCCUUGCCUGGAAGGAAGAGCAAAGGGAAUAACUGUGAAAACUAGACUAGCUUAGCAUUGUCUCCUGCUGCCAGGUCACAGUCUAAGUCCUUUUUGUGCCAUUUGCUUAUUGCAGUUUCACUUGAAGCAAUAAUGUCAUUCAGCAAUAAAAUCAGCAAGUUUAUAGCUAAGAGGUAUCCUUCCUUCUCACACACUUGGCUUGAAAAAGCUGCUGGUGGUAAAAGCCUCAAAAAGCACUUUAUGAGAGCGGUUAUUUUGCAACCAGGGUUUUGGAGGAGGAAGGGAUAGAUGGAUACCUCUCUAGCAGGAGCUUUUACUAUGCCUGGAUACAGCCAUGUUGAGGGACAAAUCAACAAGCUUACCAGCAUAUAAUCCUCUUGCAGAUCUAUAGCCUGUAGUCACAAAAAGUAUUAGCUGCAAUAAAGCAUUCAAUUUGGAAAGGUGA